AUGGAGACCGUUAUCAAGAACGACGAUCCCCACCGACGGGAAGCUGUGCUCCUGCGAGAGAACAAUGCGGAAGGGAGUUCUAAUGAUGGCGGCCAAUACGACAUAAUUUGUGUUGGGUUUGGGCCUGCUGCCCUUGCUAUAGCUAUUGCUAUGCGAGACCGUGGAAUCCACCGUCGUGUUUUAUUCUUAGAGAGACAGAGAGAAUUUGGUUGGCACACGGGCAUGCUGCUCCCUGGCAGCAAGAUGCAAAUUUCAUUUAUCAAGGAUCUGGCCACGAUACGGAACCCUUGCUCUCACUUCACCUUCCUUAACUAUUUACACCAAAAAAACCGUCUUGUCCACUUUACCAAUCUCUCGACACAUAUGCCCUUCCGAGAGGAAUUUAAUGACUACAUGAAAUGGUGCGCCUCGCAUUUUGAUGACUGGGUUCAAUACAAGCAGGAGGUGCUUAGCGUUGCUGCCGCAGAGGCUAGACCCGGUUGGCCAGCCGAACAUUUCAAAGUUAUGGUCCGUGAUGUGCAAUCUGGAAAGCUCAGAGAGCUGUCUGCCAAGCACGUCGUCGUUGCUAGCGGAGGAGAGCGAGCUAUUCCAAGGGAGCUCUCCAACGAACCUCUACCCAGCACUGUUAUCCAUUCCUCUGUCUAUCUAGAAUCUGAACAAAAGUUUCUCCGAGAGAGAGGUGGUUCCUACCGCUUUGCCGUCGUUGGUGGAGGUCAGAGUGCGGUUGAAAUAUCUGAAGAUAUGCAAUCGAGAUAUCCCAAUUGCAAAGUUACCCUCAUCACGAAAGCUUCAUCAUUGAAGCCCAGCGACGAUAGCCCAUUCGUCAAUGAGAUUUUCGACCCAAGCAGCGUCGACAGUUUCUAUUCUCUGAAUCACCCAGCACGCCAACAGGCUCUCCUCGAGAACAAAGCUACCAAUUACGGCGUUGUUCGUCUAUCACUUCUGGAAUCAGUUUAUGAGAAAUUAUAUCGCCAGAAGUUCCUUGAUCCUAAUCCUGCUAAUUGGUCACUGCGCCUGAUUACUAGCCGUGAGGUUGUAGGCUUAAAAGAACUGCCAAAUAACCAAGUAGAGCUCCACGUAAAGGACACGCAAUCCGGGCAGAUCGAGAGCUCUGGCGAAAGGUAUGACGUAGUGGUCCUUGCUACUGGAUAUACGCGCAAUCCUUUUGCAACCAUGCUCAAACCCUUGGAACCGAUCGUCGCGGCUCCGGCAACCGGAGAGCAAUACCAUGUGGAUCGAGACUACCGGCUGCGAUUUCAUCACGGGAAGGUCAAACAAGAUGCUGGAAUCUGGCUCCAGGGAUGCUGUGAAAGCACUCAUGGUUUGAGUGACAGCCUUCUUUCCAUCCUAUCUGUGCGUAGCAGCGAACUGCUUGACUCCAUACUUGCAAGCAGCAAGCGCGCAGAGAAUUACGCACGACUAUAG